AUGUUGAAAGCUUCACUGCUUUUGGUGCUUUGCGUCCUGCACUUCUCUAGUACUGAAGCUCAAUCGAAUCAACAAUACUGUGAGAAUGUGUACAUCGAUUGUCAACGAUUUGUACCCAGAAUAGGAAGUUUUGAUGAGACCAUUGAUUCCUUUAAUCGACAUUGUCGUCGACAGCAUCGAAGAUGGAAAAAUGUAUCUCGAUGUGAAAUGGAAAAAGCAACCUGCCUCUUGAUCUUACGGCGUUGUGAUGAUAUGACCUGCGGUAAUAUUGCCGAGACCUUGCAGCUGUAG